UGUAGGGUAAAUUUGACUUUGAGCCGUUUUUAUUACCUUAUUGUAUUUGUGUUGAGAUAUGUGAUGUACGAAUCUUGAUUAUACACAGAAAUCUAGGCAAGAAUGCAGCUGUAAGGGCAAGACCGAGGUUGUUGGGGAGUUUAAGUGAUUGCUUCUUUAAACACGUGAAGCAGCAGCUUCCAUUUCAGUCCAGUGGUCACCAGUAGAAAGCCUCCGAGCGGACAGUUUCUUCACCAGCUUCUUGGUAAAAGAGGCUGUAACUGUGUGGGGUUUGAUCUCAGCUCAAAUUGAGGAGGUCAGAGCAGUGGACACAGGUACAAUGAAGAGCUGAGCCCAAGCCUGCGAUGAUGUUUCGCCUCCGAUCUGUGAACUCCUGCCUCCGUAGGCUCCUUCACGGAGGGACGGUGACCAGAGACCAGGUGCUGGAGCAGCUGCAGGUGUGCUCUGCUGAAGACCAUGUGUUUGAUGUAGUGGGCAUGAACAAGGCUAAGCUCACAGUAGACCACGUGAACUAUGCUGUGCGGUUGCUGUGGCAAUUUCAGAAGGAGAGACCGGAGAUGCUCCGGACUGUGGACCUCAUGAAGAGUCACCAACAGUUCCUGACUCUUCGGGUUUUAGCAGAAAACAAAAUAGAUCUCAUGGAUGACUUCAUGUUGAUCGAUAUCCUCUACGCUUUUCUUAGGCUGAAUGUGGAGCCCCAUGACUCUCUUAUUCAGCAGCUGGUUUCAGAAGCGUGGCUAAGAAUAGACCGGUUUCCAAUGGCUUCUCUGUCCAAAUUUGCUGUCUGCUUAAAUGAUCAGCACCUUCAGCACAGUCCUCUAAUGGGCCGCAUAACCAGCAUUGUGAAUGAGAGGCUGCCAACUAUUGAUGAUGCCAGGAUCCUGACUGCUCUGAUGAUCAGCGUGUCAUCCCUGGUGUCUCCCCAGCUGCGGGACGCUCUCAUCAGCAGAGCCGAUCACCUGCUGCACACCACGGAUCCCUCGAAUUACAACAUCCCGCGACGAAUGGUGCAGUUUCUGCGCAACAUCAAGUACAUUCACAGACCGCUGCUGGAAAGGUGCAAUGAGAUCUUCCUGCGUAACAUCCCCAGACUGGAUGCAGAGAAUCUCAGCAUCAUCCUAGGGCUGUAUCAGUCACUGCAGUUCAACAACUGUGACUUCAGGCUAGCUGCUAAACAAAAGCUGACCGAGCUGAUCGACUCGAGCACCGAUCCUUUCUCCUUCACCAAACUGUUUGUUGCUCUGGCCCCUAUGGCCACUCCAGAGAUCAGAGAAAGGUUGGAGAACACUGCCCUCUUGUUGGCGGAUGAGCUCAAUGCACAGCAGGCACUGGCUGUAGCUGAAGCACUAGAAGAGAUUCAGAGCAGGAACCUUAGCUUAAUGAACAAAAUUGCAUCGGUAAUCCAGAGAAACCUUCACCUCUACAAGUCAGUGGAGGUGGCCAGAAUCACACAAGCCCUUUUUCUGUUGCAGUAUCAAAACCCCGAGCUCUUCGCCACACUGAGAAACAUUUUGAUCAAGUUUUUGCAGCACAGCGUCUUCCCGUACGAAGUGACCAUGCUGACCCGUGUGCUCUCCAUGCUGCCCUGCCCGCGACUCGAGGAGGCGGUGAUCUCUCGGGUAGACGCGGUAGUGGAGCAGUGUAAUCUCAGCGAGCUUAACACCAUUUCUUUUGCCGUGGCCAAGUGGGUGCGCAACGAUCAGUCCUACCGCCACAACACUCACAGCAAGUACGUGCGUCUGCUGCAGACGCUGAACCGCUGCGGGCACGAGAGGCUGCAAACAGCCGACCGGCUGGACUUACUGCUGGACGAGCUUAAGUACGUCUCGGGGGAGUGGUUUGAGGAAAUGCUGCUGGACGAGACCAUGAUCACGCUGCAGAGGAUGAUCGACCAAAUAAACUGGACCAACGUCCCCGAACUGGCCUUCUUCCUAACCAGGAUAAAUCAUCUCAGCCCUCCUCUGAUGGACAGAAUCGCCAGUGUGACUGUUGAACACAUCCAUAAGAUUCACUACUCAGCAACAUACGCCACACUCCUCCCCUUUUCUGUCCUUAACUAUGACCCUCCACAAGUAGACGAGCUGUAUGAUGCUUGUAUUAAGCGCUUCACUCCUCAUUUGAGCUCCUUUGACCCACAUCUGCUGGUCCUCCUGGCAUACUCCUUGGCUGUAGCUGACCAUUUUCCCGAGGAACUAAUCAGAGCAAUUUUCAGCAUAGACUUUCUGGGAAAGCUGGAUUCACAACUGGAAACCCUGCCUGAUGCCCUCAACAUGCGGACACGACUGCGGCUCAUGGAGCUCAACCGUGCAGUGUGUCUUGAGUGUCCGGAGUACCAGGUGCCUUGGUUUCAUGAGCGCUACUGCCAGCAGUUGCAUAGGAAAGGGAGUGGCUCUGUGAGUCCUGUGCAGCAGCAGAUCCACAAAAUGCUGGGUGAAGUUCUUGGUGGCAUUAACUGUGUCCACAUGGCAGUUGUUACGCCAUAUUUUUACACCAUAGACUUUGAAUGCAAACUGGACAAACUCUUGAAGCCGUUGUCCUACAUCGAGCCAAGCACACUGCAGAUCACAGACAGAGGAAAUGUUCGCUGGGACACGAGCUCACUGGAAAACAUCAGGGAUGAGCUUCCAACUGGAGCUCAGCGUGUCGCUGUGGACUUUCUUGAUUCAAAGUACUUCUGCAAAAACACUCAUCACAUGAAAGGUGAAGCCCUGAUGAGAAAGAGACACCUUGAAAUUCUGGGGUACCGUGUUGUUCAGAUCCCUCACUUUGAAUGGAACUCUAUGGAGCUUUCAACACACGAUGCGUGGAAGGAAUAUCUAAAAAAGAAAAUAUUCAGAUAGUGUUCCACCCGAAAGCCCUUAUUUAUAUUAUAAAUCAUGAUCAAAAUGGUGCUUUCAGCACUGAAGUCGGCGUUUCUGUGACUGAACACACAGCAUACUUAAAGUGCCCCGCAUAUUUAAUUAUAGUCUAAAGUUGACAUGAGUCUACCUCAAUCACCUUAGAUGAGAUUGUGUAUU